AUGAACCCAUAUCGGCGCGCAACCCUAUUAUGCAGCGUAGGGCUAGGAACCACCCUAACCUUUGCUAGCUCUCACUGACUCCUAGCUUGAAUGGGCCUAGAAAUUAAUACGCUAGCAAUCACCCCCCUAAUGGCACAACAUCACCACCCCCGUGCAGUAGAAGCAACUACAAAAUAUUUCCUAACCCAAGCCACCGCCGCGGCAAUAAUCCUAUUCGCAAGCACAACAAAUGCCUGAAUAACAGGAGAAUGAAGCAUCAAUGACCUGUCGAACCCCAUCGCCAGCACAAUAUUUAUAGCUGCCUUAGCACUUAAAAUUGGACUUGCACCAAUACACUUCUGAAUACCAGAGGUUCUACAAGGAUUAGACCUGCUAACAGGACUCAUCCUAUCUACCUGACAAAAACUCGCCCCAUUAGCGCUUAUUAUCCAAACAGCACAAACCAUCGACCCACUGCUACUAACACUAUUAGGAAUUUCAUCCACAUUAGUUGGAGGAUGAGGGGGAUUAAAUCAAACCCAACUACGAAAAAUCCUGGCCUACUCUUCAAUCGCACACAUAGGAUGAAUAAUUAUUGUAAUCCAAUACGCCCCACAACUCACCCUAAUUGCACUAGGAACAUAUAUUAUCAUAACCUCCGCAGCAUUCCUGACCCUAAAAAUAUCACUAACAACCAAAAUCAGCACACUCGCAACAACCUGAUCAAAAAGCCCUAUCCUGACAUCAACAACUGCCCUAGUCCUACUCUCACUAGGAGGCCUACCACCAUUAACAGGAUUUAUACCAAAAUGACUAAUUCUACAAGAACUAACAAAACAAGACCUCCCAAUUAUUGCCACAGCCAUAGCCCUAACCGCCCUAAUUAGCCUAUACUUCUACCUACGCCUACUGUACGCAAUAACACUGACUAUUUCCCCCAAUAUGAUUAACUCAACAACCCCCUGACGAACCCAAACAACCCAAACCUCUCUACCCUUAGCCCUAUUUACCACAGCCGCCCUCGGACUCCUACCAAUAGCCCCAGCUAUCCUAAUACUAACCACCUAG